AAUGGUGCAGGCAGAGAAUUCUACAGCUUUGGUGCUACUCCCUCAAAAGUGAGAGAAUGAGGGACUGACAGAAGGUUCUGGAGGUUGGAUCUGAGAUGGCGAGCUGUUGAAUACGGGUCUACUGGUAAAGGUGGUUGACAAUGGACGCCAACAGUGAGACCACGAAAUUGAGCUCUGAUCCUUCUGAGGCCCAGUCACUGGAGCAUCAAAGAGGCACAGGAAGCAUCCGGCUGGUGCUGGUCGCGGCCGGCGCGGCCUCUCUGAGCGGCCUGAUGCUGGGCUACGAAAUCGGCAUCACCUCCGGAGUCCUGCUGCAGCUGCGCGGCCUCCUCUCCCUCUCCUGCCGAGAGCAAGAGCUGCUGGUCAGCUCCUACCUGCUCGGCGCUCUCCUCGUCUGCCUGGCCGGAGGUCACAUCCUGGACCGCUACGGCCGCCGCUGCUCUUUGCUCCUGAGCGCCGCCCUGGUGAUCGGAGGGAGCGUCCUGCUGGUCGCGGCCACCUCGCUGACCGCGCUCGCGCUGGGCCGGGUGAUCGUCGGCAUGGGAACGUCGCUGUCGGGGACCGGAGCGUGUCUGUACAUCGCGGAGAUCUCGCCGACGGAGCGGCGGGGCCUGCUGGUGACGCUGUACGAGUUCAUGCUGGUCGUGGGCGUGAUGCUGGGAUUCGGCUGCAGCUCCGCCUUUGCCACUCUGCCCCACGGCUGGACGUAUACAUUCGGACUGGUCAUCGCCCCCGCGCUGCUGCAGAUCAGUGUCCUCGUGUUCCUGCCGCCGAGUCCACGCUUCCUGGUGAGCCAGGGCAAAGUGGAGCAGGCCAGGGUGGUCCUGGCCAGACUGAGAGGUGGCGUCCAGGAGCACGUGGAAAAGGAGCUCACGGACAUCAGCACCGGGCUGAAGGAGGAAUCGGAGCAUCGUUUCCUGGAGGUGUUCAGCACCAAGGCCAACUUGCGUUCCCGCCUGCUCACGGGUGUGACCUUAGUCUUCCUCCAGCAGGCCACCGGUCAGCCCAAUAUCCUCUCCUACGCCUCGCCGCUCCUCCGCAGCGUGGGCUUCAACAGCGACGCCGCGGCGACCUUGGCCUCCACGGGCUUCGGAGUGGUCAAAGUCGUCGGCACCAUCCCAGCCGUGCUGCUGGUCGACAGCGUGGGACCCAGGAGCUUUUUGUGCGGGGGCGCCGUGGCGAUGGGAAUCUCGCUGGCGGCGCUCGGCGCGUUGACACUGCAAAGCCACACGAACCUCACCAGCCUGUGUAAAAGUCCCACGGUCUUCAACCACACACACGCACCGUGGGAUUUAAACGGGACCUCUGUCGGCCUGGGACACGGUGACGUCGAUUCGACGGACCUCCCCUACCAGUGGAUCGGCGAGGAGUCACAGAGGACGACCGGAGAAGAUGAUGGGGCCCUGGAGUCAAUAGGAGGAAGGACUUAUGGAGGAGGGUCGACCUUACUGAAGUGGGCGUCGUUGAUCAGCUUGCUGCUGUAUGUGGCGGCCUUCUCCAUUAGCCUCGGGCCAAUGGUGUAUGUGGUGCUCAGUGAGAUCUUCCCAAUGGGAAUCAGAGGCAGGGCUGUUUCGGUGGUGUCGGCUGUAAACUGGGCCACCAACCUGAUCAUCUCGAUGACCUUCCUCACAAUUACAGAAAAGAUUGGCGUGGCCAACAUGAUGUUCCUGUACGCCGCCAUGAGCUUCGUUCUCCUGGUGUUCGUCAUCUUCUGUGUCCCGGAGAACAAAGGGCGCACGCUGGAGGAGAUAUCCAAAGAACUGGCGAAGAAAUAAAUGGCAGCUUUCCACGCGAUCUUAACGUUGUUCAGAGAUCAGCAGCAGCAGCACGUCCGUAGAGAUUUUGGAAAGUCGUGACGUUUUUUUUUAACACAACUGAACACCUCACCUGAAGGAGAGCGAAGGGCCAAUGAGGACAAUAUGUUAGCACUGUUAAGACUUUGGAGUACAUCUGUACAUCCCCCGCAUUUCCAGUUGAUUCCUAUCAUGACAUCUUCGUCAUGUAUAGUUCUACAUCCUAGAAAGGGAUCGUGGAAAUUGCAUAUAUAGGAAAUAAUUAAAUCACACUGAAGUAUUGUGGGAAUUUGCUCAAACGAGGAUAUCUCAGGGUUCACGAUUGCUCGUUAAAAAGCAGGACAAAAUAUAACGAAAAGAAUUGAACAUAUUUAUAGAAUGAAAUAUAUUUAUUUUAUAAAAUAUAUAUGAUAUAAUAAUAUGAAGAGUCAUUGGGUCUCUUUUUAAUAAUAAAGCUCCAAUGAUGCUGUAUAAUUCUUCCUCAAGGCCAGGAUAGAAUUGACGAGACUUUACUAUACAGCCUUUUAGUUUUCUUUCCAUUUUGGACUUAUUUACAUUUACAAAUGGGAAUGAUUAGACGCCAAUCACUUGAAAUGCCUGUGUAUGUAACAUUCUUUGGGAUUCAAGAUGAUUUCCUUUAUCAUAAUGAAUAUGCUGCUUUGUUGUCUGUAAUAACCUGAACAGGGCUCAAAGCCGUCAUGCUGCAGAACACACCGUCUACACACUGUGGCUACCGCAAUCUACACGACACACACAUGGGGAAAGGCCACAGGUGUCCUUUACAUCUUAUGGGAUCAAGCAAUAACAAAAUGUAUAAUGAAUCUACACUCCAAGCAAGCGGUCAAGCAAAGAAAAACUGGACUCAUCAGAUCUAGUCGAAAUAUUGGACUGACUGUAAACCGUUGGCGUGAAAAAAAAAGUAUAAAAAGUGAGGGAUGUUUCUUUUUA